CCUUUUCCGGUGCAGUCUAUGUGCUUGUAGAUGGGGGACAUGGAGAGUCUGAGCACUGGUAGCCGUCUGUCUUUGGUUCAGGAACUGAAGGAAUACACUGAGCGAUGUCAGAGCCGGCUGUACGAUCUGCUGCGGGAACUGGGUUGGGAGAAGAGCUGCCCGGUAGAGGAGCAGGAGACCGCAAUCUGUCCCUAUGACUCUAAUCACAGGAUGCCUGUAUCCUCUCUAGAAAAGCAUGUCGGUAUAUGCAGAGUACGAAAGCUGGGCUACACUAAAGAAGAGAUCGAGGCAUAUGACCCUAAGUUUUUCUAUGAAGAAGAAAACAAACCUUGCAUUGUUCUAGAUAAAGCCAAACAGUUCGAGAUAAUAAAUCAAGCUAAAGCUGCAGCACCUAAUAUGAGUGAAGGUGGCUUAUGGGAGAAAAGUGUAUAUUCAUCUUUUCCUGCUGAAGUUCCUCUGACUCACAAGCAUGCAAUCUGUGAUUUAACGUCUGCCGAUCGCCUUGCCAUCUAUGACUAUGUUACACAAAAGACAAAAGCGGAUAAAUCUGGUUCUGAGAUGAAUGAAGCAGAUCUGUUUGAGGAUUUAACUGCCAAGAUCAAACACGACGAUGACCAGAAGUGUCCAAAGUCCCAUCUUGAAAUCAUGGCAGAAAUGAGGGACUACAAAAGGAGACGACAGUCUUACAGGGCGAAGAAUGUUCACAUAACACAGAAAUCCUACACAGAGAUAAUACGAGAUGUCAUCAAUGUUCAUAUGGAAGAGCUGACCAGCAGUUUGCGUGAUGAAAUGCAUGAUGAUGCUAGCUCCUCCAUUUCUUCCUCCUCAUUUAAUAGAAAGGAGCAGCAAAGAUCUCCAUCUGUUGAGUCCAGACAGUCUUUAGGAAGUCAAAGGGACAAGCAUCGAUCUGGUCGAAGGAAAGAGCGCAGCAGAAGUCCACGCAAACGCCGAAGCAGAGAAAGAGACAGGGGAUUUAGACCUAAAAAAGACAGGAAUGAAGACAGACACCACAGCCACAAGAGAAGGAAGGACAGUGACUAGACUCCAUUUCUUGCACUUUUUCUGUGCUUUUUUUUUUU